GGAGGUGGAUGGGGUGGGUCGGGCGGGACGGGGGGAACCGUGGCCAGCGGUGCUGCCUUCGUGUCUGCUGUGUGGCGGGGCGACCCGUGAAGCAUGAGGACGGCCGCGCUGACUUGCCUGGCCCUGGCCGCAGCGGUGGCCGGCCUCGUUGCCACGGCGACCGGCGCUCGCAGCGCCGGUCGCAGGAGGCACAAGGAGGUCUUCCUCGGGGGGAACAGCAAGUUCAAGUUUGGAGGACGUAUUGACUACAAACUGAAGAGGCAGGACAGCACCAAAACACUGCUAAUAAAAAGUGAGCAGCUGCUGAGGAUCGAGGAGCACGACUUCGCCAUGAGACCAGGCUUCGGAGGCUCGGCCAUCCCCGUGGGCAUCGACGUGCAGGUGGAGAGCAUCGACAGCAUCUCAGAGGUCAACAUGGACUUCACCAUGACUCUCUACCUGCGACACUACUGGAAGGACGAGCGGCUGGCCUUCCCGUCUCGCAACAACCGGAGCCGGACGUUCGACUCGCGGCUGGUGAAGAAGAUCUGGGUCCCCGACGUCUUCUUCGUCCACUCCAAGCGCUCCUUCAUCCACGACACCACCAUGGAGAACAUCAUGCUGCGGGUCUACCCCGACGGGAACAUCCUGUACAGCGUCAGGGUCACUGUCACAGCUCUGUGCUCGAUGGACUUCAGCAGCUUCCCUCUGGACACACAGAACUGCUCACUGGAGCUGGAGAGCUACGCGUACAAUGAGAACGACCUGAUGCUUUACUGGAAGAACGGGAACGACUCUCUGAGGACGGAUGAAAUUGUCUUGUCUCAGUUCUUCAUUGAGCAUUUCCACGCCUCCAGCGGCCUGGCUUUCUACAGCAGCACCGGUUGGUACAAUCGGCUGUUCAUCAACUUCAUCCUGCGGCGGCACAUCUUCUUCUUCAUGCUGCAGACGUACUUCCCCACCAUGCUCAUGGUCGUGCUGUCCUGGGUCUCCUUCUGGAUCGACAGGAGGGCCGUUCCUGCCCGAGUCUCUCUGGGUAUCACCACGGUGCUCACCAUGUCCACCAUCAUCACGGGAGUGUCCUCCUCCAUGCCUCAGGUGUCCUACGUGAAAGCGGUUGACAUCUACCUGUGGACCAGCUUCCUGUUUGUCUUCCUGUCCGUCAUUGAGUACGCAGUGGUGAACUACUGCACCACUCUGGAGGAGAUGAGGAAGAUGAAGAGGGGGAAGAUCCCAUCCUCCUUCAACGCCAGCCAGGCGAUGGCCUUCGACGGCUGCUUCCACGAUAACGACAUUGAGCUGAGCCCGUUCCCCGGGAUGACGCCCACUCCCCUGACCUCUGACCCUCUCGCCGCUCCGACCCAGAACCCGGACAUUCGGCCCACGGGGGGGACGCGCCUCCGCCGGCAGAAGUCGGUGUGGGAAAACGUGGACCUGCUGGUCAGCAACAGCUACAUGAUCGACUCGUACUCCCGCCUGGCCUUCCCUCUGUCCUACCUGCUCUUCAACGUCAUCUACUGGAGCCUGUACUCCUGAUCCGGCAGCUCCCCACACUCGACCUGAACUCACACACUCGACUGAGAGCCGGGUGAAGAGUCAGAGAGGAGAGGCGGGAGGGUUUCGUCCUCUUCAGGGGGCCACUUCACUGAAUCAACCCUGGAUCACAGGGGCCCCCACUCUCACGUUCAGCUCCUGCUCCGCCACUGAUCGUGUCGGUUGCCAGAGAGAUUGAGAUAAAAGCACUCAGGCCUGUAGGAGCUCUCUAAUUGUGCAGUUUCACCCUGUCAGUUGUCUCAUGGGAGUAAACUUGCAAAGUCAUUUGUCCUGAUUUUCUUUUCUUUUUUUAUAGUCGGUACAUGUGGCUCUUUUUUCUGUGCAUGGUUUUUACGAAUAAUACUGAAAAACUUUUGAUUUCCCACAUUAUAAGUAAUAAAUUAGGAUCAAAAGUGUGUGAAAAUGUUCACAUCCUUUUCCUUUUUGGUGAAUGAUGUGAUCGGAUGUAUGUGUAAUUUACUAUUUAUUAUUAAUUUGUUUCAAAAUAAAAUUUCGUUUUGGUCAUGCGGAUGUAAAACUGACUAUUUAUUACAGCUACUGUACCGAUGACACAGUUAUAGACAUUACUGAUAACAAUUUUUAUUUAAUGACUGACCGGGGUUUUUUUUGUUUGUUGUUUUGAAAAGUCAUCCUUGUGAAAAUGGGUAAAGUUGAAUUAUACCAAAUUUGUAAAUAUUGUAACAUUUUCCCAACUGUAUUUUCAUGUGGUGCAAAUCCAUAAUUUUGAUUUUAAUUUAUUUUAUUCCAGUAGAAAAACAUGGAAGUAAAAAAAACUUUAUUCCCAUGAGUCCCCCCCAACACUGGCAGUAAAAAGAAAAAACAUUUUUUUUCUGAAUCUGAAUUUGUGAACUCAAAAUAAAUGGAAUGGAAUUAAAUUACAUUAAUUUCACAUCUGAUUUUAAUAGACUGUUAUUCAGGUUGUUGUUUCAGGUGAAAAAAAAUUACAAAAAUCAAAGCUUCUGAAAAUGAAUUGGGA